GUCACACCUGUGGAGAUAAGCCAGUGGACCUAGUGCAUGGAAAGAUGGGAUGCCUUAGCCUGUGGCCUCUCUGCUGUUCUCUGGGGACGGCAGCUGGGAAAGUUAAAGGAGGAAAUAUUGAUGUACAUCCAUCAGAAAAGGCGCUCAUUGUUCAAUAUGAAGUGGAAGCUACGAUUCUUGGAGAAAUGGGGGAUCCCAUGUUGGGGGAGCGAAAGGAAUGCCAAAAAAUCAUUCGUCUCAAGAGUCUCAAUGCCAACACCGACAUAAGCUCCCUGGCCCGGAAGGUGGUGGAGGAGUGUAAGCUCAUUCAUCCCUCGAAGCUCAGUGAGGUGGAGCAGCUGUUGUACUAUCUGCAGAACCGGCGCGACUCAUUGUCAGGAAAAGAAAAAAAAGAAAAAUCAAGCAAGCCUAAAGAUCCACCUCCUUUUGAAGGGAUGGAGAUUGAUGAAGUUGCUAACAUUAAUGACAUGGAUGAAUACAUAGAAUUACUGUAUGAAGAUAUUCCUGACAAGGUUCGGGGUUCUGCCUUGAUCCUACAGCUUGCUCGAAAUCCUGAUAACUUGGAAGAACUACUUUUGAAUGAGACCGCCCUGGGUGCUCUAGCAAGAGUCCUGAGAGAAGACUGGAAGCAAAGUGUUGAGUUAGCUACAAACAUAAUUUAUGUCUUUUUUUGCUUCUCCAGCUUUUCUCAGUUUCAUGGACUUAUCACUCAUUACAAAAUUGGAGCUCUGUGCAUGAAUAUCAUUGAUCAUGAAUUAAAAAGACAUGAGCUUUGGCAAGAAGAACUUUCUAAGAAGAAGAAAGCUGUUGAUGAAGACCCUGAAAACCCAAGCUUGAGAAAAGAUUAUGAAAAAACCUUUAAAAAAUACCAGGGGCUUGUGGUGAAACAGGAGCAGCUCUUACGAGUUGCUCUUUAUCUGCUUCUGAAUCUCGCCGAGGACACACGCACGGAGCUGAAGAUGAGGAACAAAAACAUAGUCCGCAUGCUGGUGAAGGCUCUGGAUCGGGACAAUUUUGAGCUGCUUAUUCUGGUUGUGUCAUUCUUGAAGAAACUCAGCAUUUUUAUGGAGAAUAAAAAUGAUAUGGUAGAAAUGGAUAUUGUUGAAAAACUGGUAAAAAUGAUACCUUGUGAACACGAAGACCUGCUAAACAUCACCCUCCGACUUUUGCUGAACCUGUCCUUUGACACAGGACUGAGGAAUAAGAUGGUGCAAGUGGGGCUGCUCCCCAAACUCACGGCUCUCCUAGGCAAUGAAAACUACAAACAAAUAGCAAUGUGUGUUCUUUACCACAUAAGCAUGGACGACCGCUUCAAGUCAAUGUUUGCAUACACUGACUGUAUACCACAGUUAAUGAAGAUGCUCUUUGAGUGUUCGGAUGAACGGAUUGACUUGGAGCUCAUUUCUUUCUGCAUUAAUCUCGCUGCCAACAAAAGGAAUGUGCAGAUUAUCUGUGAAGGAAAUGGGCUGAAAAUGCUCAUGAAGAGGGCUCUGAAGUUCAAGGAUCCAUUGCUGAUGAAAAUGAUCAGGAACAUUUCCCAGCACGAUGGACCAACUAAAAAUCUGUUUAUUGAUUAUGUCGGGGACCUUGCAGCCCAGGUCUCCGACGAUGAAGAGGAGGAGCUUGUGGUCGAGUGCUUGGGCACUCUCGCGAAUCUGGCCGUCCCGGACUUGGACUGGGAGUUGGUUCUGAAGGAGUACAAGCUGGUCCCCUACCUCAAGGACAAGCUGAGACCAGGCGCUGCGGAAGACGACCUGGUUUUAGAGGUGGUCAUUAUGAUCGGGACCGUGUCUAUGGACGACUCCUGUGCUGCGCUGCUGGCCAAGUCCGGAAUAAUUCCUGCUCUCAUUGAGUUGCUAAACGCUCAACAGGAAGAUGACGAGUUUGUGUGCCAGAUCAGCUACGUCUUCUACCAGAUGGUGUUCCAUCAGGCCACGAGGGACGUCAUCGUCCGGGAGACGCAGGCUCCAGCAUAUCUCAUAGAUCUGAUGCAUGAUAAAAAUAAUGAAAUCCGGAAAGUCUGUGAUAAUACAUUAGACAUUAUAGCGGAAUAUGAUGAAGAAUGGGCUAAGAAAAUUCAGAGUGAGAAGUUCCGCUGGCAUAACUCUCAGUGGCUGGAGAUGGUGGAGAGCCGCCAGAUGGAUGAGAGUGAGCAGUAUUUAUAUGGCGAUGACCGAGUCGAGCCGUACAUCCAUGAGGGAGAUAUUCUCGAAAGACCGGACCUUUUCUACACUGCAGACGGGUUGAUGGCCGCCGAAGGAGCCGCGAGCCCGGACUUCUUCGGGGAUCACCACCUUCAGAACGGAGAUGCGGUCGGCCAGCACGCGUUUCCUGGCAGCCUUGGAAUGGAUGGUUUUGGCCAACCAGUUGGCAUGCUCGGACGCCCUGCCACAGCGUAUGGAUUCCGCCCUGACGACCCUUAUUACUUUGGCUGUGGGUCCCGGUAGAGUCACCCCUCUCCGUGUGUGCUCAGCCCAGGACUCUGUGCGGGCUGGCUUACCUUUGAACCUUGCCCUAGCAGUGCAUGCUGAGACUCCCGCAGGUCUUUCUUUAUAUUCGUCUGUGUUGUUAGCUCGGAUUAACUGCACCCCGUGUCCUGUGUGAAGCACAGUUGAUGCUUGACAUUGUUCACUCAUCAGAACAUCUUGAUGCCGGAUAACAUUUCCCAUGAGACUCAAAAAAGUAGACACUGGAAAGCAACUAGACUGGAAAACAAACUCCACAUUAUGUACAUUAAGUGACUUUAAUUUCUAUUAAAAAGCAGCAUAGAGUACAAAUGAAUUAU